CUGGGGAAGCACAGGCGACUUCAUGUUAUUGUUUUUUUUUAUUUUUAUAGAAUGACUCAACAACCAACAUUAAUUAAAAACGAGUGCUGAGGGGCUUAUGUUGCAAACUUCCCUUACUUGGCUGACAUUUGGACUGACGACAAGUAUGUCCGCGGGGAUUCCCCCAAGGGCGUAGGUUUGAAACGUAGCCGUUAUAUCAGGGGAAGCACCGGCGAUUUCAUGUUGAGUUUGAGCCAGAAUGACUAUAUAUAGGCAAGUUCAACGUUGUGUCCUGUUUCGUUCAUGGUAGUGUGAAACUUAAAAGUAGUAUACGAGCUAGCGUUCUAACGUUUCACUUCUGUAUUUAGUUUGACGAGCCUAUAACACAGGAGCCCUUGCAUUUGUAUGUAGACUACACUUCUUCGUGAUGAAAAGGAGAGCAAUUAAUUGCCAAUUACAAAGCCAUUCGGACUCGAGUUUGGUCCAGGAAAACUUCACAGGCAUGCUACCUGUGCUCCCUCUAGAAGUCCUGGAGGAGAUGCUCCUAAAUGUCCCUCCACAGCAGGUGGUGUGUGUCUGUCGACUUGUGUGUCGUGAGUGGAAAGAAGUGGUGGACAGUGAUUCUCUUUGGAGAGAGAGGUGCAGAAGAGAAGGAUACCAGACAUAUGUGACUAAACUACCUAAAGACUGGCGUUUGUUUUACUUCUUGUGUAAGAAGAGACGUAAUCUUCUCAAGAACCCCAGAGCAGAUGAUAAAUUCAAGGGCUGGCAAAUUAUUGAGAAUGGAGGGGAUAAAUGGAAAAUAGGACCAGUGGAAGAAGUGCCGCUUCCUGACAACACGGUCCAAAAAUACUUUGCGACUUCUUACUUGACCUGCAGGAAGUCUCAGCUGAUUGACUUGGAGAAAGAGGGCUACAGGCCUUCUUUCAUGGAUGACUUUCAACCCGACAUCAUUAUAUCCGACUGGUAUGCUCCACGCUGGGACUGUGGCUCUGAAUAUGAGAUCUGUGUUGAGUUGCUAAAUCAUAAGAAGAAGCCAAUUAAGAAGUUUAGUCCAGGAACUGUUGUCUUUCAACAGUGGAAUGAUCAGAAAUGGAAUCAGAUGACUCAUGUGUUCAAGAAUUAUGGACCAGGUGUGCGUUACAUCCGAUUCAUUCAUGGAGGAAAUGACACUCAGUUCUGGGCCGGCUGGUAUGGUAUUCGGGUCACCAACAGUAGCAUCGAGAUCUUCCCAUCGGUGGACAGAUAGAUUUCGGUGUUCCCAUUUACUCUCCUAAGAGGUUACAUUUGAAUAUUUUGCCGACCUGCAAGCUUUGAAACUUCUCUUAGCGUAGUGUACAUCAUUCUGUCUUUUCAGCCUUAGGCAAUUGGCACAUUGUUUCUCUGUGGAUAUAAAUGAUUCUGGCUGUACAAUACAGGUAACUUCCAAAGUAAUGGAAACGCUUGAGUAAAUGAGGGAUACAAAGUAUAUUGAAAACAGUUACUUCCACACAGGUGUUGUUCCUGAGUUAAUUAAGCAAUUAACAUCCCAUUGUACUUAGGGUCAUGUAUAAAAAUGCCCAGUUGGCCAUUAUUUUUGUUACUAUGGCUAGAGGAGAUCUGUGACUUUGAAAGAGGGGUCUCAAAGGAGCAUAGUGGUCGGUCUGUCUCAGUCACCAGAUCUCAACCCAAUUGAACACUUAUGGGAGAUUCUGGAGCGGUGACUGAGACAGCGUUUUCCACCACCAUCCAACAAAACACCAAGUUAUGGAAUUUCUCAUGGAAGAAUGGUGUCGCCUCCCUCAAAUGGAGUUCAUCACACAGAAUCUAUGUAUGCUAAGGCACAUUGAAGCUGUUCUAGCUAGUGGUGGCCAGCGCCUUAUUAAGACACUUUGUUUUCUUUAUUUUGUCAGUUACCUUUAUCAUUUGUGUCCAUCUCUGGAUUGUACAGAGCAAAGCAAAAAUUCACAUUAUAUGCCUGGAGUACUUCAAUGUAUUCCAGGCAUAUAAUGUGCAUUUCUGUUUUGCUCUACAAUUCAGAGGAAGACAGACCAAAGGAAAGCGUGAACUUGAAUGUAAUGUAUUAUGUACAUAAACGUCUGACACAUUUUGACAAACAACACCAUUAAGAAAUGUAGUUGAACACGUUUGCUUGUACUCGCCUAUAUCUUAACAUCUAUAAUGUAAUUGUUGUCAUGUACAGUGCCUUCAAAGUAUUCAAACCCCUUGAAAGUAUUCAAACCACUUACUCCACAUUUUCUUGUUACAGCCUGAAUUCAAAAUGUAUUA